ACACUGAUUGGGCGCCCUGGGAUAGACGUGAAGUGUAAGGAAUAUCCGGAUUGGUAAAACUCCCCAGCAUGUGUUUCUUUGCUGGCUUUUGUAUACAGAUACUUUCCACUUUAACAAUGGAUGAAACAAACUCUGUAGACUGAAUAAACUCAAACACGGAGCAUUUACCUAUUCUUCAUACAGAAAAGAAAGAAACAUUUUCCCGUUACCCAUUCCAGCUUUACACGCGUUAAUGUUUUUUCUUUUAACGAGAUGACAUUGGAAGCUGGUUGUCGCUUACUUAUUAACCACCCAAUCUAAAAGUUAAUUGGGGAAACUGCAUCGCUGCAAUUACAGGCCACUUGCUGCACUUUCUGACGUCCUGUAAACAAUGGAGCUGGAGGGGCAAUGGUGGAAAGGACAGCUGGCUGCAGACAUAUUCCAAGCUCUUCGUUACAAAGAGCUGAAAAUGCCUUCUUACAAAGGCCAGUCACCUCAGCUGAACCUGAGACGCUAUUUCGCAGACCUAAUUGCCAUUGUUAGCAAUCGGUUCAGGCUGUGUCCACCAGCCAGGCACCUUGCUGUCUACCUACUGGACCUGUUCAUGGACCGAUAUGACAUCUCAGUCCAACAGCUUCACGUGGUGGCCCUUUCCUGCCUGCUGUUGGCAAGUAAAUUUGAAGACAAAGAGGAUCACGUGCCAAAACUUGAACAACUCAAUAGCCUGGGAUGCAUGACCAACAUGAACUUGGUGUUGACCAAACAAAGCCUGUUGCACAUGGAGCUGUUGCUGCUGGAGACUUUUCAAUGGAACCUGUAUCUGCCAACUGCUGCCCACUUUAUUGACUACUACUUGUCGAUUGCUGUUCACGAGACUGAUCUCCACGAAGGCUGGCCCAUGGCGUGUUUGGAGAAAACAAGAUUAUACAUGGCAAAAUAUGCUGAUUAUUUCCUGGAAGUGUCAUUGCAAGAUCAUGUGUUCUUGAACUAUUCUCCUUCACUAGUCUCUGCUGCAUGUAUAGCCUCCUCUAGAGUUAUACUUCGACUUUCACCUACGUGGCCAACACGACUACAUCGACUUUCAGCUUACUCUUGGGAUCUUCUUAUACCAUGUGUGGAACGUCUGUUACUUGCACACGAUAAUGAUGUCAAAGAAGCAAACAAGCAAAAAUGCCAACAGCCAAGUCCACAGUCUGGUCAGACUGUGUACCAGACACACACCCAGCUGAAUGCACCACCUCAGAUUCAGCAGCAUGUCUCGCAGUACCUGCACCGGCAGCAGCUUCCAUAUCAACAGCAGAACUGCAAACCAAUCCUUUCAACUGGAUGUAUGCCAUCGUACACAAUACAGUCCCAUCCUUCAACUUUACAAGCCAGCAUUCAUCCUCAUGGGCAUGUACAAGCAGUAGCUGGCAUGACACUACAAAACUCACUGGAUGUGAAGGUCAAUGCCCCCUACAAUAGGGGCUUCCAAGUAAAUGGACACUACACCUGUGCAGCACCUUGCUUUGAUAGGUGAUCUAUGGCUCUGGUACAAAGACACCAUAAAGGGGAGGAGAUGGGGCGGAUGAAGUGAAUGAUGCAAUUUUUUGAUAAAGAAGAAUUUUUUUCCAAGAAUAUUUGGUGAGGAUGUUGAAGCCAAACUAAGGAUGGCUUUGCUUGAACUGUGAUCUAGUUACUGCAACUGUAAGAAUGUUACUAAACAGAUUUUUUUUUUUUAUUGAGAAAAACAUCCAAAUCGUUGAGCACGGUAUUCCAUGGAGUAAGACGUUAAUUUGAACAGUUUGUGCAAUAUUCCUAAAGUAUUUGAAUUAUGGAUUAUAGCCUAUAUUCUUUUUGUUUCGCCAAUGUAAGCAAUAACGUGUCUAACUUUUUAACCAGGAUUAUAACAUUUUAAAAUGAAUGUCUGCAGAUUGAGAUUGGUGAAACACUUUGGUUCAGGCAUAUACUGAAAAUCGCUAUCCAAGUCUUGAAAAUAGUUCCACCAGUCUUUAGAUCAGUAUUAGUUUCUAAAAAGCAGCUUGCACAGUGAAAUCAAAAAUAGGUCCUCAUAACCAAAAGUUGUGUUCAGAAAAGAAGCUACCUCAAUACACAAAUGAAUAUAGGGCUUUUGAAAAAAUGCCCCUUUUUUGGAUUUAAUAUUGGCUUGUGUAUUUUUAUUGUUUCUUCUCUUGAAGUUUAAGUGUUAAUCCAACCUUGCCUUUAUGUUUCAGCUUUCAUUUGGAGCUUUUUCCCACAUGUAAGUAUAGCGUCAGGAUUAUAUAUUUUUUAAAUAGACAGUUUAGAUGUACUUGUAGACUUUGCCUUCCAAAACACUACCUCUACAAUGAAGCAAAUUUGUUUCUACUAUGUUAACACUGUCUGUCUUUUUUUUUUUUUUUUUUUUUCAAAGAAACAAUUUGUUAAACAUAUUUUUGCACCAUAUGUCUAUAUUAACAACACUGUGUACCUGUGGUUUCUGAUGAGAAAUCCAAGAAUUUCAAGUGCGUUGCUGCAUGUUUCUGAACAUGGGCAUCCUCAGUGAGUGCUGUGCACUUUUUAAAAAAAAAAAUAAAUGCAAACUUUAUCAAAA